UGUUCAUGCGCUUGCAUUUGCUGAAGAAAUAUGGCGUCGGCAUCUGCUGCGUCCACUUUAGGUCGUUCUUUAACGGCCGUGAAGCCGCUUCUGAGUCGUGAUUUAGGAGAGGCAAAACGGCGUGUUCGGGAACUAUAUCGGGCAUGGUAUCGGGAGGUACCUAACGCAGUCCAGGUUUACCAGUUGGAUGUCACAGUGAAGCAGGGAAGAGACAAAGUGCGGGAGAUGUUUCAGAAGAAUGUCCAUGUUACUGAUCCAAGAGUAAUUGACAUGCUUGUUAUCAAGGGAAAAAUGGACCUUGAAGAAACUAUAAAGGUUUGGAAGCAAAGAACACAUAUAAUGCGAUACUUCCAUGAAACCGAGGCACCACGACCUGCUGACUUCCUGUCAAAGUUUUACAUUGGACAAGACCAAUAAUUUCUAGCACGCUAUUGAAAAUAAAGAUUUAAUUAUUUA